AUGAGGAAAAUGAGUUCCGAAGAUGAGUGGUAUGCUAGGUACGAAAAGCUGAUAUAUAUCUUCCAGUUCGCCAGCAUCGAGUUGGGAAUUGCUUUUGUUGUGCUAGUCGUGGUGCUGUUUUAUCGAAUGGCGGCAUUCUUUUUGAUGCCAGUGGGUUUUCUUGUUCAUUUUUGCAUAUUUUUUCGCUAUUUUUGCCUACUUUUCGUUAUUUUUUUGUUUUUUGCUUAUUUUUUCUAUUUUUGCCGAUUUUCUGAUAUUUUUUGAAAUUUAUAGAACUUAAUUUAUAGACUUUUUGUUAAAGAAAACGUUUUGAGAUUGUUGAGUUGUGUUGACCAUAAUAUGCGUUUUCUAUAUCAACCGUUUAAAAUUUGAAAUUCUCCUAUUUACAGUCCACGAAGCGAUCUAUCAACAAGAAUCAUCAUAGACGCAGACCAACCAAAGGCCACUACGUAUCCUAUAGAAAACGUUCAACAUCUCAGAAAGACUCCAAGAUGACAUCAGGUUCUAUCACAAGGUCAUCCAAAUCCUCCAAAUCCAAAGACAUUAGCAGUCUGGACAAGUCCUCGAAGCCGCGCCCGAAGAAGAAGCCGAGACGCAUCAACUCCAACGAUUACCUCGGCCAAGAUCAGAAGACCCCUCGAGACCCGACCUUCUCCGAGAAGGUUCGAGUGGCCAAGUCCAAGUUCCACAAACUCGACGCCAGACACAAGUUGAAGGUGAAUGAACAUGUUGGCAAUCCGAACACGAUCGACGAGCGGAAUUUGCAUAAAAACAAGAAGGAUAAUGUGAUCAGAGUGCCUGAGGAGGAGAAGCAUGUCAAGAUUGUCGCUGAAGGUAAGGUUUUUUUAGAUAAUAUGUAGUAGCAUCAAAUAGUUUUUUCUCUGAUUUUUGAUGGAAAUAUUGACUUCAGAAGCUUUUGUAAUUGCUAAAAGGGCUUCUUUUAUGAACUGCAGAAUGUAAACACUUAUGUGUUAUACUUUCAGGCCAUUCUACUCCAACUACCAACAAGUAUGAAUCUGUCUCCGCCAAAUGGCCCAUGAAUAUGGAUCCAAACCAACCUGAUGCUAUUGUAUCAACGCCGAAAAGCACCGACUAG